AUGUCUCAAGACUCUGAUGACAAGUUCUUCCAACACCCUUCGUGGCCAGGGCGCUGGAGUCAUCCUGAAGUUGCGGGCUCUUAUCUUGAACGCCGAGCGCGCUGGAAAGAACAGGACUGGUUUCAUGACUUAGACCGUACCUCUGUGAGAUUCUUGCGCGAAAUUAAGUGGCCUUGGGGUUUCAUUAUUUAUCGCACGGUCUAUACUCCGCAGUCAGAUAAAAUAUGGUCCGCUUGUCUCGAGAAAAUCGAAGAAUCCGUUCGCUGCGAGAUCGACAGACACGGAAAGGAAUACGCAGAUAAAACCCCCGAAAGAAUUCUCAAAGAAACAUUGAAGAACGUUAUCCUUGAAGAUCGAGAGCGCUGGGACGGCGCGUCGGUUAAACAGAUCCGUGCUGAUUUCAUCGCCCAUUUGGAAUCAAUCGGUUGCUCUGUUGGUGAAGAGAGCCCUCGGUCCACUGUAUGCAUGAUGAUCGACGAGGCGUGCUUGCAAUCCAUUCAGAAUACUUUCGACGAGCCCGAAAAUAACAGGGGUAGUUGGGCUCCGACGGGGUUUGUCGGUAUUGUUGAUCCUCAGUAUGUGGAGGGUGAGAGCUAUUGCAACAUGCAGUAUCGGGGUUUUAUGAGAGCGGAGAUUGACUCUCUCUAUGACCUAGCCGCCCGCCAACUGAAUUACUUCACCAUGGAUGAGAUCUGUCCGAUCAUGUAUAUUCGUCCGAGGGUGGUCGAUCCAACAAAAAUUCCUCUUUACACGGGACUUUGA